AUGGGCACUAACCAAAUUAAUGUGCUGAAAGCAGAUGCCAGGCUCCACCACCAGGCCAUGAACCAUUCAGGAGGAGGAGGCAGGCCACUGAAGCCAAACAGCUCCUUCCGUGAAUGCUCUUCCCACGGACAGAGAGCUGCCCGACGCCUUUCAGCAUGGGGCAGACCACAUCGGAGCACAUUUAGGGAACCCACCGGCCGCAGCCCCCACAGCGGAGGUGCAGCCCUGGGGGCUCUGCGCCAUCUCCGUCCUAGCUUUGCCGCCUCCCGCCGCCAGGCGGUGCCCUGUGCCCGGCUCUCGGCGCUGGAGCCGCCCGGAGCAGUUCGCCCCGCACCGCCCCGGCGGGGGAAGGCUGAGGAGGAGCCGGGGCGGAGCGGCGCCUCCCUCGCCCCCUUCCCACCCUCCCCUCUGGAGCCGGGCCGAAGCCGCCUCACAAAAUGGCGCCGCCCCACCUCGGGGCGCGCCCGGAGUAAAGAUGGCGGCGGCGCCGCUUCAUUCCUUUCCCUGUGGCCUUCGGGAGCGAUGGCGGCUCGCAGCGCCGUGUGGCUGGGCGACCAGGUGGAGCGGGUGGUCUGCCCCUACGACAGCCAUCACCGGGUGCCCCGGGCGUCGCUGGAGAGGCAUGCGGCGUCCUGCCGCCUCCGCAAGAUGGGCUACUCCGACGACGAGCAGGCGGAGAUGUACGACUCUAGCUUCUUCUACGAAAACCUGAAGGUGCCCAGCGUUGCGAUGGAUAAAGAUCUCCAGUUUCAUAUUGUUCAGCAAGCUAAAGCUCAAAGUGUGAAAGAAGGCAUAGGCUACAGCGAAGGAUCUUAUUCAUCACUGCCUGUAGAAGUUCCUCAAAAUCACAAGCGUUUCACCUGUGACCUGACUCAAGCUGAUCGCCUUGCUCUUUAUGAUUAUGUUGUUGAGGAAACAAAGAAGCAGAGGUCUAAGUCGCAAAUCACAGAAAAUGACAGUGAUCUGUUUGUGGAUUUAGCGGCAAAGAUCACCCAAGAUGAUGGUCAGAAAGGUCCAAAGUCCCAUCUUGAAAUUCUGGCUGAAAUGCGAGACUACAAACGGCGACGGCAAUCAUACAGGGCUAAGAAUGUUCACAUCACAAAGAAGUCUUACACUGAGGUGAUUCGGGAUGUGAUUGGUGUACACAUGGAAGAACUCAGCAGUCAGUGGCAGGAAGAGAAUAGGUUGGAUAAUGCAGAGAUGUGUGAAGGAGGAAAGACAAAAUCUUCAGGAAGAAGGGAAGACAGACGGUCAGCUUCAGUGGACUCGCGGCAGUCUGGAGGAAGCUGUAAGGACACUGAACGCACCAGACACAGGAGAGAGACCAGCAGGAGUCCAAGUAAAAGAAAAAGGAGUCGUGAACGAGGCAAAGACAGAGAUUCACGGAGAAAAAGAGAGAGGGAAGAAGACAAAUAUCACAGCCAUAAAAGAAGGAAGUAAGACCAAGAACAUAGUGAUUUUGUUUGUUAGCUGUUCAAAGAAUUACUUGCACAGAACAUACUGCUACUUCUGUUGUGCCAGGGCCCGUAAUUCUGUGAACAUAAUACUGGUGUUGCUUCAUAGCUGUGUUCUGAGACAAAACGAAAUAGUGUUCAGGGGUUGUUAGGAUGGAAGCAGUAUAUGCCGGAAAAUGUGUAAAUGUGUAAGACUAAUGUAUCUAUUAAUAAAUUAUAUUGAUCUCUUGUCCA